UGCUGGUCCUCGUUCUCGUCCUCGUCGUCAUUCUCGUCGUCGUUCUCGUCGUCGACGUCGUCGUCGUCGGCGUCGUCGCACCGCGCCGCUGGCGUGGCCCUCGGAGGUACCGCGCCUUUACCAGGCUGCUGCUGCCCGCGCGGCAGGCCGUGCGCCCCCUAGGGGCGGCCGAGCUGGCGCGCCUCGUGCAGGACAUCUACGCGGGCCUGGUCGUCGAGGUCGCCAGCAGCGGCUCGAGGCCCCGGAGCUUCCCGGACAUGGUCCACGCCAUCGCCGCUCGGCGCUGGGGCUUGCGCGCUGCCGUCAGCCAGAGGUGCUGGUGCCUGGUCUACAGCGUGGACCGGCUGAAGAGCAGCCACCUCUUCGCGGGCCUCUUCGGGAGGCUCCUGGACGAGUCCAUGGACCGCCUCGACCUGCAUUACCUCCUGCGCGCCUGGCAGUUCGUGGUGCCCUCCGCGUCCAGGCCCGGGAUCGGCGCCGCGCAGGCCAUCCACCUCGUGAGGAGGCUGCUUGAGCAGGAGGAGGUCCAGAGCCUCAUCUCGCAGAGGCUCUCCUCGGGAGAGCCGCGGCGCGCCGUGCGCGGCCACGAGGCCGCCGGCCAGGCCGCCCUGAUGCAGCAGGCCACGCUCAUGCGCCUCGACGCCGAGAUGACGCCGCCAGGCGGCGGCCCCGAGGUCCCCCUGGACCCCCUCCGGUUCGUGAGUGCGGUCGUGGACGAGUUCUCCCGCGCGGCCGCUGUCCCGCACGGCGACCCGGCGGGCGGCGGAGAACCGGCCAGCCCCAGCGCGGAGGGCGUCUCGGCCGCGGGCGGGGCGGAGGAGCGCUCGGCG